UGGCGCGCUCCCCAGCCGUGCGCUGUUGGUUGCACAUCCGUAGAUGCGUAAACUUGUGUUUCGCUUUUGUUUUCAAUUUGUGAUUAUUUUUCUACUGUAGACAAAGCACACCUCAUUUAAGCGAUCUACUCUGUAUGUUAGUAAUAAAUAGCAAAUUUAUUGUCCUGGAUUAAAAUCAUCAGAAUGAGUUUGACCGCUUUCGGGCAACUGCCAACGCUCGUUCGCGAGCUCGAAGCAUCGCUUGAGUGUACCUCCUGCGGAUUCACCCUUCGCGAGCCGUUUCUUUCAACCAAAUGCAUGCAUGUUGCAUGCCAACAAUGCUUCAUAAACAUGGUCUGUCCGGUUUGCCAGCGUGAAAAUAGCGAGUGUGAGCUUAUCCCCGAGAUUCGUUUGCGCGAGUCUCUUUCAACAUGUCGACAACUUCAGUACGCUCUUGAGGCAUCGGAAAAGCUUACCGAGGGUGCAGGUGGUCCGCUCCGUAGCACAACUCACCCAGAAAACGCCAACUGCAACGGGGUUUCCUCGAGAGACUGCGAAAAUGAUCACAUGGAUGGGGAUAUUUCUGUCUCGAAGAUACCUCUGAAGAAACAAAUUAACUCUUCCUCGAAUUCAAAGAUGAACAAAAAAAAUCGGUUAGGAGAAACACCAUUGCACGUCGCUUGCAAAAAAGGAAAUCUCGAACGAGUUAAAGAAUUGUUGACACAGGGAGCAACUCCUAACACGCAGGACAAUGCCGGCUGGUCCCCGCUACAUGAAGUAGCACAAACCGGCAAUAUUGAUAUUGCGCGACUUCUAAUUGAAAACGGCGCCCAGGUCGAUGUAGCCUCGGAAUGCAAGACCCUACCCAUUCACGACGCUGUACAGGCUGGCCAUCCUGAGGUGAUUCGUCUACUGCUUGAGUAUGGUGCUAAUCCUGAACAGAAGAAUGGUGAAGGCCAGUCAGCUCUUGACCUCGCCGGGUACAAUGAUAUCAUCAAGGGUGUGGUGGUUGACUUCAUGGCAAACCCUCAACGAAAGGCUAUACCAGUAGUGAAAGAAAGAGGAGAACCCGGAAGACCAUCACCUCCGGCGGGACCGCCGGUCAUCAUGUCAUCCUCGUUGAAAGGUUCUGAUGUCCAAGCUUUCACCAAGUGCGCGUCCCAGAUUGGUGGAGAAAUUGUCUCCCGAUUUGACCCGCGGGUUACUCAUCUAGUGGUGGCUACUGAUGAAACUGGCAAUACCCAACGUACGCUGAAGUUCCUACAAUGUGUGGCGGCCGGCUGUUGGAUUGUAUCGGCUGCUUGGGCGCACAAAUGUCUGGCCAUGGGACGGCGUGUCGACGAAACACCGUUCGAAGUUCGUGGGUGUCGUCAGUUCGCAGGAAACGAAGCCCCAAGAAACUCCCGCGAAAACCGCGCCAGUGGUUCGUCUGGUUUGCUCAGUGGGUUCAGCAUCUAUUUUGCUCCUCUUGACAGUCCAAUGGUGCCGUCAAUUGAAGAACUGACGACAAUGUGCGAGUUGGCAGGCGCCACAAUACUGAAGCGUGAGCCAAAAACCCAAACAGGUAACCCUGUGAGCAGCCCUCACGUGAAGCCUGGUUCUCUUUUAGCUUCGCACUCUUCGUUUAUUGUAGGAGCGCCAUCUGCUGUAGUCAAAGCGGGUAUACUAUGGCUUAGUCGAGACUGGGUGAUUGAUUCGAUCUCACACUUCGAACUGCAAGAUAUUUUUAUAUAAAAGCAGGCUAGCCAAUCGACAUGUCUUCUAUGUAAUUUACAUACUUCUUCACCACUAAACAGGAUGGCAGUAACAAAUGUGACUGUUCAAGCGAAAUCAGAUGACAGAAACUGAUAUUUAAAGCUAAAUAUGGAACAUAUGAAAUAUAUAAUAAUAUCAAUAUAUAUAUUUUACGGAUUCAUUAUAAAAGGUUGAACUUUUUUUCGUUUUUUUUGUUAAACUCAGUGCGUGCUCAUUUGUGUAUCAGUACAUAUAUUAAACACUUAAAUCGUCUAUAUGGCAUAAUAACAUGCUUUGACUAUUUAAAUGCAAAGGAAUGUAAGACAUGUAUUUCACGUUGGAUCUUAUUUUGAAUAUAUUACAAUGACAUAUUUCCGUUGCUUUAGAGAAGUCCGUAAAACACUCAUAGUUGGGAGCAUCCGCAAACCUGAGAAUUUAUCCGCGGCAAAUAUUUUACGUACAUGGCGGAAGGUAUGUACAACAUAAUAACUGGUAUUGUCAAACAGAAAACUAGCUGCCAGGUAACAACAACAGUACGGCAUCGACAUCUUAAAGUCGAGAAAUUUCUAAAUGUGCUGAACAGAUUUUCCUCAACAAAAUAGUAUAUACAUAUCCUGGAGUAAAACUUUAAAAAUAAUAUGAUCCAUGGUAUAUUUUAAUAUAAUGUGAAUACGAUAACUAGUAGCGCAUAUGGAGCGGGUUGCGAAACAACUCUAAAAUUACUAAUAUUUUACGCCAAUCAAUUAUCAGGGAGCAUACAAAUAUAUGUCUUGCGCAUCCAAAAUGAGUUUACCUGUGCUUUAAGACUUUAUACAUAUAUAGCCUUCUUCACGAAUCCUUUCUUCAUGAUAUUUGAUAAGAUACUGUUAAUAUAAUACUGUUUUUUAUUCUCUAAUAUUUUCUAAUAAUAUUUACCAUUACGGAAUAAUAAUAGGAAAAACAGGGCAAAGUUCAGAGGUGUAAAUUUUUCGAUUUGAUAAUUAAUUAAACAUAAAAGAUUAACUGAACAUAUGACAUGCUGGUUAUUUUGUUAAAUCGAUAGAAUUACUCUAAAAACUAAAGCAUCCGUCGACCAAAAAUUGCAUAACACUCUUAGGCAAAUUGCCGGAUUAUGAAGAAAUGUGAGGUGCGUUAUUCUUCUUAUAACUAUUGAUAUUUCUUAGUCCAUUUGGGUCGAGAAAACACCGCUACCAAGUGUCAAAAGCAGCAAAUGCAAAUCUUGUAGGUAUGCUAUUGUGUUGUUAUUGUUAUUAUUUUACAGCGUAAACAAGCGACGCAAUUUUAUUUGGCUUACGUUGGAAAACAUGUCCGGAAAGGCAUUUCAACAGUACCAAAUUUACUAAAAGUAGCUAGUCAACCAGCACGUGUCACAGUUCAUGCCAGUCUGAUUAUUACGAGUUACUAAACGCCGCAUGUAUCGUUGUGAUGUCAAGGGGGCACAAAUUGUUAUAGCGAUAUAUUAUUGUGCAUCUGGAUCCUUCUUCCAAACUCUUGCAGAAAUGUAUCAGUUACCUCCGUUGAAUUUCUUUAGGUAUUGAAGGCCAAUAUCGCUAUCAUGGACUUGCUUUUAAAGCGUUAGAGACGUUCUCCUUAAGCAUGGAAUGCAGCGGGCAUUGUUAAGCUCAGACAACAAACCCACAACGAAACGAUGAAACUUAGAUGACUGUGAUUUGAUUAUUUGUUUUGCCUAUCAGCUUCCUAUUAGAAAACCAAAGCAGGGAUUCCCGAUCCUCUCGUUGCCCCUGUGCUAAUGAACGCAAGAAGAAACCUUGACCAGCAGCACACUACAGUUUCUUUCCUUAAGCAACAGCAUAUUCCGGCUAAAGGGCGCCAUCAUAAGGUCGGACUACAGUUACAAGGGCGGUACCACGCCAAACCAUUAAUGUCAUUCCGUACGACCGAUAACUAUUAUUUCGACUUAGGUCUAUUGAUUAUAGCGUGCAUAGAAUUAGAGCAGUACGUACUACCAUAUGAAGACGAUCCGCAUUCGAACAACACGAAAGAUCAAAGUGACCAUGAAUACCUAAUCGCUUAAUUACACUCUCAGGUACUUGGCGUAAUUAGGGGGUAACCUACCGGCAAGCGCAGAUUAUUAUGCAUGCUUAUACAUUAAGCCAAAUGCCGUAACAACUUGCUUAGGUGCUGAGAAGUCACGCGUGCUUCUGGAUAAGACACCACAAAAGUUGCACAAUUUUAACGGACUAUUCCAGUGAGUACGCGCACAUCCUUAAAAACAAUGCCACAGAAACAACAUUACUAAUAAUAAUAAUUAUGGCAAUAACCGCAAUAAUUAUUGUUAUUAUCACU